AUGAGGAUUUCUUGUUUACAGAGGUAUUUGCGUACCAUAAGAACUCUAAUAAUCGGACCCGCCACCGGCGGUUUGAUCAUUGGCUGGGCUUUCCUGGCCGCCAUUCAACGAAUAGUCUGGUCUGGAUCCCAAGGUAAAGUGGUGUACAGGCGUCCGCCACCAGAUUUCGAUCAGCUGGAUUUGGUAGAGCUAUAA